UCGAGCGCCUGGCGGCAGCUUUCCGGCGGUGGGAAAGCGAACGUAUUCCUCACCCAAGCGGGGCGCCCUGAGGCAGGUCGGCUACUUGCGGAAAAGGAAAGGCCAGCGACGGUACAGGUCCUGACUUGGAGCCCCGCGGAUCAGCAGCUAUAGAGGCAGUCAGCAGCAGAGAGGGAAUGGUGCGGGGACGCGCCGAGAAGGAGGCGCAGUCCGUGCCCCUCAGGGUUAGUUAAUGAGGUGCUCCGCCCUAGCCGGCCCAGGGACCGUGCGCUGCGGGUCCCAGCAUGAGUGCGGGCCCCGGCUGUGAGCCCUGCACCAAACGACCUCGGUGGGACACCUCUGCAACUUUGCCGGCGGCCUCGGACUCCCGGAGCUUCCCCGGCAGGCAAAGGCGCGUUCUCAACUCCAAGGACGCACCUGUGCAGUUCAGGGUCCCGCCGUUCUCUCCAGGCUUCGUCCCGGGGCGGGCGGAACCGCACCAAGGCGUCGCCACCUCGCUUGUUUUCAAGCAAAAGGCUAUUACCAAUUGGAUGGACACCAAGGAAAUCAAGGCAGCUGAAUCAGAAAGUUUGCAUAGUAAAGAAAACAAUAAUACAAGGAUAGAAUCCAUGAUGAGUUCUAUACAGAAAGAUAACUUUUACCAACAUAAUGUGGAAAAAUUAGAAAGUGUUUCUCAACUAAGUCUUGAUAAGUCACCUGUUGAGAAAAGGACACAGUAUUUGAAUCAGCAUCAGACUACAGUGAUGUGUAAGUGGCAGAAAGAAGGAAAACAUACAGAGCAGCUUUCAGAAAGUGAACCUGCAACGGUGACUCUGGUGCCAGAGCAGUUCAGUAAUGCCAACAUCGAGCAGUCCCCCCACAGUGAUCAUCACAGUGACAGAGACAGCAAAGAAAGCAGAGAUAAUCAACAAUUCCUGACACCUGAAAAGCUUGCAAAUGUGAAGCAGACAACAGAUGAACAGGCCAGAGAAGCCAGAAGUCACCAGAAGGACUGCACAUCCUGCCACUCUGGGGAAGACUUUGCAGGUUGUGAGCAGGAGGAGAUAGACGUGGUACCAGAGAGCCCAUUGUCAGAUGUUACCUGUGAGGAUGUUGGAACUGAACCAAAAACUGACAACAAAUUGAGUAGACAAGAAAAUAGCCUAGGAAAUUCUCCAUUUGAGAAGGAAAGUGAACCCGAGUCACCAAUGGAUGUAGAUAAUUCCAAAAAUAGUUGUCAAGAUUCAGAAGCAGAUGAAGAGACAAGUCCAGGUUUUGAUGAACAAGAAGAUGGUAGUUCCUCCCAAGUAGCCAACAAACCUUCAAGGUUGCAAGCGAAUGAAGCUGACAGUGAACUUAAGAAGCAGUAUUCUGCUAAAGGGGGCGAAAUUAGAUUACAUUUUCAAUUUGAAGGAGGGGAGAGGAGCACGGGGGUAAAUGAUUUAAAUGCCAGACCACCUGGAAGUACUUCUACACUUAAUGUAGAAUGCAGAAAUUCUAAGCAGCAUGUAAAAAGGGACUCCAAGAUCACUGACCACUUCGUGAGAAUACCUAAAUCAGAGGACAGAAGAAAAGAACAGUGUGAAAUCAGACAUCAAAGAACAGAAAGGAAGAUGCCUAAGUACAUUCCACCUCACCUUUCUCCAGACAAGAAGUGGCUGGGAACUCCUCUGGAGGAAAUGCGAAGGAUGCCUUGGUGUGGGAGUCGGCUGCCUCUCUUGAGACCAUCUGCCAAUCACACAGUGACUAUUCGGGUAGAUCUUUUGCGAGCAGGAGAAGUUCCUAAACCUUUUCCUACACAUUACAAAGAUCUGUGGGAUAACAAGCAUGUCAAAAUGCCUUGCUCUGAACAAAACUUAUACCCUGUGGAAGAUGAGAAUGGUGAGCGAACUGCAGGGAGCCGGUGGGAGCUUAUUCAGACUGCACUUCUCAACAAAUUCAUACGACCCCAAAACCUGAAGGAUGCUAUUCUGAAAUACAAUGUGGCAUAUUCUAAGAAGUGGGACUUUACAGCUUUGUUUGAUUUCUGGGAUAAGGUACUUGAGGAAGCAGAAGCCCAGCAUCUCUGUCAGUCCAUUCUGCCUGACAUGGUGAAGGCUGCACUUUGCCUGCCCAGUAUUUGCACCCAGCCAAUACCUCUCCUGAAGCAGAAGAUGAAUCAUUCCAUCACAAUGUCACAGGAACAGAUUGCCAGUCUUUUAGCUAAUGCGUUCUUCUGCACAUUUCCCCGGCGGAAUGCUAAGAUGAAGUCAGAGUAUUCUAGUUACCCUGACAUUAACUUCAAUCGAUUGUUUGAAGGACGUUCAUCAAGGAAACCAGAAAAGCUUAAAACACUCUUCUGCUACUUUCGAAGAGUCACAGAGAAAAAACCAACUGGGUUGGUGACAUUUACAAGACAGAGUCUUGAAGAUUUUCCAGAAUGGGAAAGGUGUGAAAAAACCUUGACACGGCUACAUGUCACUUACGAAGGCACCAUAGAAAGCAGUGGCCAAGGCAUGCUGCAGGUGGAUUUUGCAAACCGUUUUGUUGGAGGUGGUGUAACCAGUGCAGGACUUGUACAAGAAGAAAUCCGCUUUCUAAUCAAUCCUGAGUUGAUUGUUGCACGACUAUUCACUGAGGUGCUGGAUCACAAUGAAUGUCUUAUUAUCACAGCACUUUUUAGGAUUUGUUUUAUAAACAAUCAGGAUAUCUUCAGAAAUGGACAGUUUUGCCGUUUUUGGUGCUUAGGAUUUGACUCCAGGGCCUCGCCAACACAAAGCAUGUGUUCUACCAGUACUGAACAGUACAGUGAAUACACUGGCUAUGCUGAAACAUACCGUUGGGCCCGCAGCCAUGAAGAUGGGAGUGAACGGGAUGACUGGCAGCGCCGCUGCACAGAGAUCGUGGCCAUCGAUGCACUUCACUUCCGACGCUACCUCGAUCAGUUUGUGCCUGAGAAGAUGAGACGCGAGCUUAACAAGGCUUACUGUGGAUUCCUCCGCCCUGGCGUUCCUCCAGAGAACCUCUCUGCGGUGGCCACAGGAAACUGGGGCUGUGGUGCCUUUGGGGGUGAUGCUAGAUUAAAAGCCCUAAUACAGAUCCUAGCAGCUGCUGCAGCUGAACGAGAUGUGGCUUAUUUCACCUUCGGGGAUGCAGAGCUAAUGCGAGACAUUUACAGCAUGCAUACUUUCCUCACCAAGCGGAAGCUGACUGUUGGAGAAAUAUAUAAGUUGUUGCUACGAUACUACAAUGAAGAAUGCAGAAACUGUUCCACACCGGGGCUGGACAUCAAGCUUUAUCCCUUCAUAUACCACACUGUUGAGUCCUGUGCAGAGACUGCUGACCAGCCAGGGCAGAGGACAGGGACCUGAGGGGCUGAGUGACCUAAGCCGCCUCCUACCACUCAAAGACAUCAUGUUUGAAUAAUCAGGGUAGGGUAUAGACUGACAAGUUAAUAUAAAUGUGUAUAUAAUCCAUAUUUGUAGUCAGAGAUUCAAUCCCAUCCACACAUAUGCAAUUGUCAGUUUGGACAUCUGGGCCCUCUCCAUCCUGAGUUACAUAGGGUUAGUCAUGUUUUCUUCCCAUUUUCUUCUUUCAGUCUUUGUUUUGGUUUUGUUUUGUUUUGCCCAUCAGCUUUCUUGUGAAACUCCAUAAAAGGUGCUCAGCUGCCAUAUCUUUCUUCAUGCUUGUAUACUAUACAAAUCACUUCUGCAGCUAGCAAAGGCCAGUGAACCCCGGAAGAAGCUGAAAUCCGAGCAUCUCUGUCAUGGAGUCUGCUGCAGGUCUCCCUGUGAGCCUUUCACCUCCAAUUCUUUUUUAGGCUCCAUGUUUUGUGGAUUUUGAAAAUUAAGAAUUGGGGUUUUUUUCAUACAUGUUCCAUAAUACAAAUAUCCUAGGUUAAAACAGUUUUUAUUUAUUUAAGACAGCCUACUUUCCAAAAGUUGUCUUGAGACAUCAACUUUAUCUGUAAUGGUUUGUCUGUGCUAUUUCCCCGAUCAAUUUUUAUUCACAUUGUUUUUGGAAAUUGACUCAGAAUAAAGGAAAUAUAGAACAAAUCAGUUCUCAUAUAGUAUAAAAACAAACAAAAGAGAGUUGAAGGGCUUUUUUGUUUCUUGAGACUUUUUUCUUUGUAAGUUUGGAUUGGUUUCUAUGGUGCUUGCGGCAUAUUUAUAUAACCAAAGUUUGGGAACUGAGAACUUCAUACAGGUUUGUGCACGUUUAAGUAUCUCUGGUAUUCAAAAGUUAUAGAGUUAAUGAAUCUUCACUAAUAAUUCUCAGAAGGUCCCAUAUUAUCUAUACUUUAUAUACAUAAAUAAGCAUAUGUUCUUUAAGAAUGUCUAUUUAGGAGCUUAUAAAAUCUGUAACUGAAGUUGGGGAAAAUAACUUGGGUUAGGCUUUAUCAGGACUCUAAAACCUGUUUUUCAUACUUAUGUCCAUUUAAAACUGACAAACACAAGUACUAAUGUCUCUGGAAUGUUAAACGGAACACCAGAGCCAUUCAUGAAAGCACUUAGAUUUUCAGAAUAGCCCUUAAUCAGAUGGAGAAGAAAAGAGCACUCAUGUUCAAUUUUUCAAAAGGGAGGAUAGUGGAGAGAAUGCUAUUACCUUCUAAUAGCCCUGUACAAAAAAAUAAAUAAAAAUUUUUUAAAAAUAGAUAUAUAUAUAAUUACAAUUAUUUAACAGUACUUUUUUGUUCUUUCUCAUAAGGCUUACUAUUUUAUUA